GGUGAAACGUCAUCACGUCGCUGCUCCUCCGUCGGGUUUCUGCGGGAAAACGAACGUGUUGAGAUGUUUUGAGAGGUUUCAGCAGGCCGGUGUUUCGUUUCUACAUGAAACCUGUGUUUAAACGAUUCAGGUUACUAUGGAGCCCAAGGGAGCUGAGUCUCAACCAUCCGGCGUGGGGCCGGUUGAGGUGGUGAACUCUAUUCGGGAGCGAACGAUCACAGAAAACAGCAUGGUGAUCCUCCUGCAGGGCCUUCAGGGAGAGGUGACCACGGUGGACCUGAGGAACGAGAGCACAGCACGUGGACGCGUGGUCAACGUAGAUGCCUUCAUGAACAUACGCCUAGAGGACGUGUUGUACCGGGACCGGCGGGGUCAGCUCACACAGCUGCAGGACCUAUUCAUCACUGGCAGGAACAUCCGCUAUGUCCACAUCCCCGACCAUAUGGACAUAAUGAAGACCAUAGAGAGCCAGCUGGCCAAGAUUCACCGCGUCCGCAACUUCGGCAGUGAAGGCGGAGGCAGGAAAGAGUUUGCCAAGAAAACAAAAUGACUUUUUUUUUUCUUUUUUUUACAUUUGGAAAAGACGAUGCUUGUGUAAGGUUCAGAGAUUAGAGGACAAACACCAGUCUAGACCAGUAGUUUACAUCCUGAGGGCCCACAAAGUGACUCCAGGGUCAAGAACAGGGAGAGAGAUCUCAGGUACAGUAAGAUAUAGUUACAGUCCUGCUUUUCAUUGUAAAAUACUGGAAACUGUCUUUGGUGCUAUAAAAACUGAACAGCUUGGAACCUGGGAUGAAAGGCCACAAUCUGGGUUUGAUUUCUUGUAAGGAUCACAAACUCGAAAGGCUGGAGUAUUUGGAGACUGAUAUCAGUAAAUUGUUUAAAUGUUUAAAAAUAAAACUCCACAGACUGAUUUGUUUCCCUAUGUAAACACUGUAACAAUUUUUUUUAAUACAUUGUGGAUUAUUUCUUGGAUUAAUUGAUGCAUCUUCCUUGUAUCAACUCAAAGAAGCUCUUUGGUUGAGAUAAAAAAAAAAAAAAAGACAUAACAAACUAUUUAGGGGGAUUUUUAAAUCAGAUAUGAUGAAAAUGCUAAAAAAAAAAAAUCCAUCUGAGAAUAACGUGAAAUCUUUUUCAAUAUCAUUAUAACAACUAAAUGAUAGAUCCUCUUUUGCACAAAGGGUUUAACUUAAACAACGCCACAGCUUCUCUCAUAUUUUGCUGACUUAGAAACAGUGAAGAGUCUUAUCUCUUAAACAUAGAGAAUACGCUAAAGCAGUCGCUUUUUGUGCCUUUUGAGGUGCACCUCCUCAUAUUUGUACUAAAUAGCAAAAAUACAUUUAUCAUACAUUUCUUCUAAUUUUUAUAGUAUGUUCUACACCUCAUUUGCAGAAUCUAGACACCUACAUUUGUAGCUAUUAUAACACCAGUGAGGUACAGCUGCCUGUGGCACACCUGUCAAUGUAAGCAGCCAUGCUUUUUACUCACCAGACGGAUCAGCUAAAAACAAAAGUCACCUCCACACUGUUGUUAUAAAGGACGAAAUUUAAACUUGGGGGUCUUAUGAGAUUUGACUUGCUUUUGGAGCAACUACAGGCUCAAUUUUUCCACCGCCAGAGGUUGCAGCUUGUUUAUUUUGGCCCAUGUUUCUUUUUUUUAAGUAGGUUUCCCUUUAGCUGGAUUUAAGCAUUAGUUAACUUCUCCCACAGUUGUGGUUUGCUCCCCACAACAAAAUGACUCAACUUAUUAAGCUCCUCACUGUCAUUCUGGGCCUUUUGAUGUGUCGCUCUCUAAUAACUCCCUCCAGCCGGCAACUUAAUUAACUAUCCAGUCCUAACUUUUGUGUUAUUGCAUUAUUAAAGAUCUCUUUUG